AUAGAUGAAAGAGAUGAUCUGAUAAACAGGUCUAGGAGACCUAAAGGUCAUAGGUCACAACAUACCACUGUAUGGGCUUUGGCCUACUGUAGUUUCUUGCGUUGAGGCACUCUGCCUUUGAGCACAGAUGAGCUACGUUUGGAAUGUAAACCUGUAGGCUCAGAUAACAUAUUACUAAUGCUAUUUAUUAUCCAUUUAAAUCCAUUCAUUCAUUAAACAAUUAGUAAAUUAACGAAAGAACAUUUGGGAAAAGGUCAAUCUACAUAAAUAUAUAUAUAUAUGCCUGAGACAGUUUUCUUGACAAUAGAUGUGGUUAUCAGAGUCAAAAGAAUCGAAAAAAUGGCUUUCAAGGGAAUGCUUAAGGACGAGGAUAUCGCUGCUGCCCUCCAGCAUUGCGCAGCUGCUGACUCCUUCAACCACAAGGAGUUCUUCGCCAAGGUUGGCUUGUCUGGCAAGUCUACUGAGGAUUUGAAGAAAGCCUUCUACUUUGUUGACCAGGACAAGAGUGGCUUCAUUGAGGAGGAUGAGCUCAAGCUGUUCCUCCAGACCUUCUCUGCUGGUGCCAGAGCUCUGACAGAUAAAGAAACCAAGGUCUUCCUUGCGGCAGGAGAUGCUGAUGGUGAUGGCAUGAUUGGAGUUGAUGAGUUCACCACCUUGGUGAAGGUAUAAGUCAUCUAUUAUUGGCUCGGUUUUCAUAGAACCACAAGUCUGCUGCUGAGGUUGUCCUGGCUUGCUGCCUGUCAAAUACUGCAUCUUUUUUAUAUUCAUUUUAUUUAUGAAUGUCACCCCACACUCCCAAAGCGUGUUGACUGUUAUGUUUUUUAACUAUGUCAGCCGGUGUGCAAAAGUUUACCACCAGACCUUUUGCACUUUUAGAAAAUUGAAAUAAAUUUUCAUUUGGAUUAACAAC